GAUUGGUUAUGUAAUAAUAAUUUGGAAGUCUUGUUAGAGUGUAAAUACUGUGUCCAGUUAGAAGUAGUGCAGCGCUGUGACUUAGAUAACGUUGGUUUAGUACCUGCCCACUGAUCAACUUUACAUCUAGCACUCGAUCAUGAUCUAAUCGUGCAGCUACAACAAAGACAAAUAAUAAAACGACCCGGUGUAAUAUAUUUACCCUGCUUCCUGAUAGCACCAGGACCUCUCGUCGUUUGAAUUAUUAUACUGCAUUACACUGAGGAGUGACAUUUCAAUUUCUCACUGAUUUUAUCGAUGGAAAUGUUCAUGACUUAAUUCACAAUUCAAUUGGGACAAACUCCAUCUCUGAUGUUUACUAAUAUGGUGAAUGUGACAGACUUUCAGCACUAUGAUAAUUCAACAAUAAAUUCAGAAUAUAAUUCUACGGCUGAACAAAAUGAUUAUGAAGAACUGGGUAAAAUAGAAGAGUAUUUAUGGAGAAUUCUAUCCCCUAUGAUUUUCAUCGUAGGAAUAACUGGAAAUAUUAUCAUCAUUAUUGUUUUAAAGAAGAUGAACUUUCAAAGGAAGCCGCCAUACUUGUUUCUUUUCGUCCUAUCUCUAUUUGACAUGACUGUUCUGUGUGUCGGCCUCAGUCAUUACUGGGUGAAGAAUACAUUCCAUUUUAAUCUGCGACUGACAGGACAAGCAGGCUGUAAAAUAAGUCUUUUUGUCAUCUAUUGGUCAAUGCAAUGUUCGUCUUGGAUUCUUGUGUGUGUCGUUUUGGAGAGAUUCCUUAAAAUCAGGUUUCCACUGAGGCACAUGAGAGUUGUGACAAUACGUAGGUGUGUGCGUCUUAUUUUACUUGUUAUGGUUAUAUUAGGUGGUAUAGAUAUGCAUCUGUUAAUCACAAAUGGAAUAAAGACGGUUGGUAAUGAAACAGAGUGUACUUCUUUAAACAAACGCUAUCUACAGUAUGAUGAAUAUGUUUUUAUUUGGAUUGAUUUUUCAUUUCUAUCUGCUCUUCCAUUUUUACUCAUGAUCUCAAUGAACAUAGUCAUGAUUCGUGUCCUAAGACAAUCUCGCCAGUUCCGAAGAGGUACCGUCUCGGACAAAACAACGACAAUCCGGAUGAACAGAUUUGACAGGAGAUUAACAAUUAUGCUUAUAGUUACAAGUAUAUAUUUUCUUUCAACUACCGCCCCUAUAGCAAUAUAUUUUAUUGUAGACUCUUAUGUGAAAGUAAAAUCAAAAUAUAUGCAGACAGUAAAAGAUAUAAUUUGGACGAGUUUUUAUCUGUUUCAAUUUACAAAUUAUGCCAUGAACUUCAUUCUUUAUAAUUUAUCAAACCAACGAUUCAGGAAAAGGCUUUGGAGAAUUUUGAAAUUAACGGCACAUAAUGUCAGCUUUCAUAAAGGAUCCUCAAGAUCAAUCCAGAGGGGUUCCGUGUACAGUGUGGACGUAACAGAAACUUCUUUCGGAUCAGAAUCUGAACGCGUACACCGCACCAACGGAAGUGCAGUACGCAGCGAGUCAGAGGAAAGCUAUUAAUUAAAGAUAUUUUCAAAAAUAUCAAAAUUUGUUUAUUUUUAUAUUAAUGAUGUUUUCUGUCUUUGGACAAGCAGUUGUCAU